AAAUAACCAAAAAGAUUGGAAAAGAAAAAUGUAGUUUGUUUUUCUUUUAUAUUGGUUGCUUGACUUUCCCUUAGAUCGCCUCGUGUGUCCUCUCUGUCUCAGCUUUCCCUCAACCAUCAGAGAAGAAUGGGACCAGGAGAUAGUGAAACAAUGGAAUGCAAGUGUGGUAUGCCUCUUUGCAUCUGUGUUGCUCCACCCAAAACCUCACAGGCUACACCGGCUCCUAUGGCUCUUUCUCAGUCAGAUCCCAGACCAAAGUCUGACACUUCAGCUAAAAGUAAAGGUUCCACUUCCAGCAGCAAUGCUACUAGACUAGACAAGCCCCAAAAAGAAUAUCAAGUCAAUGGGGAGGGAUUAAGAGAAGCAAUUAAGAAUGGUGACACUGCUGGCGUGAAAAAGCUUCUGAAUGAGGGCGUGGAUGCAAAUUUCCAUGACAAGCAGGGAAUGUCAGUGCUUCAUCUGGCGGUUUUAUUCAACCAAACUGAUAUUGCGUUGAUGUUAAUGGAACAUGGAGCAAACCUUGACUACAAAAAUGCACAAGGAGAAACACCACUAGAUUGUGCUCCUGCAACGCUGCAAUAUAAGAUGCGGGAAAAGAUGAAGUCCACUUAAUAUGAAUUCAGGCUGAGUUACAAAUCUUUCCUCAAAAAGUCUGUAAAGGACAAAUCAAGGGGUCAUGAAUUUGCUUGUAAGACAUAUCAUAUUGACAUUCUGUAUGCAAUUUCUCCGUCUUGUGUGAACUUUGAAACGUCGGCUUCUUCCACUCUUGUAAGUCUUUAUGUGUUAUCCGCUGAGUCAUUGUUGUCAACAAUUUCAAUAUCGUAACAAUAUACUGAGAAACACAUCAUCAAUAGUUUUCAAGAAACAA